AUGGCAUCGACAUCCGCAGCAGCAUCCUCGCCAGAGGAGAUGAUCAAAUGGCUCGCAGAGCAGCGCAGGCAUCCAGAGAGGAGAUCAGCGCAGGUCGUAGAGUAUGGUACCUAUUUGUUGGAGAAGGGAUACAUCAAGCGCAUGGGCGAUGAGCUCUGGGCCCUCCUCGAGCAAGUCGCUGUCGCAUCCCUUGAUGUCGGCGACUGGGAUCUGGCAGAGCUGUGUCUAGCUCGCUUGAAUACUCGCUUCCCAAAGUCCUCGAGGGUGGGAACACUACAGGGAAUGCUCUACGAGGCCAGAGGAGAGCACACGCGAGCAUUCCAUCUGUACGGGGAGCUCAUCGAAAAGGCAGAUGGAGCAGACAUUAUGUUGUCAAGACGAAGAGUGGCAGUGUUGAAGUCGAUGGACGGCAGCGAUCAGCGAGGAGGAAUCGCAAAGGCCAUUGAGGCACUUGUCAAGCACCUGGAAGUCUUUUACUCUGACCCGGAAGGGUGGCAAGAGCUUGCAUCACUCUAUCUGGAGCACGCACAGUAUGCCAAGGCGAUCUCUGCGCUAGAGGAACUGAUGCUGUUGGUGCCGCAAAAUGGCUUCUUCGUGCUCCAGUACGCAGAAGCAUUGUACACUACCUCGGAGUACUCGACGGCCUACAAGGCCUUCUUGCGAGUCUUGGAUAUGGGGGGGCUCAUCGAGAAGUCAGCCAGUGGUGUCGUUGCUAAAGGACCAGAAGUGAGAGCCUUAUGGGGUCUCAAAGCAACCAUUGGCAAGCUGAGGGAAAGCCCAAAGAAAGGUACCAGUGGAGACAUCAAGGUGGAUCAAUUAGAUGCCGUCGAGCAGCUCGUGAAAGAGCUACUGAAUCGUGCUUACGGCCCAAAGAGCGACCAAGCGACAGCAGCUGAGCUCAAGGCGAUGAGCACAAGGGCAUCUUGA